ACUCGGAGGCGGCCGCCCCGCACGAGGCAGUUCGGAGGCCCCGGGAGUCCGCGGAGGGAGGUUUAUUCUCUGCCCGCACGAGGCCGUGGAGGCUAUGAAAUCCGCAACCAUGGGCAACGGAGGCGGCCUGCUGGGGAAGAGGCCACCAACACCUGGCCGGCAGGUAAGUUCCGCAGCGAGCGCGGGAAGCGGGACCCGAGGCGCGGCCAACACUCAGAGAAAACUACCGGCUAAGGGUCCCUCAUCUGAAUGCUUGGGACCGGAGGAGUUGGGAGUUCAGAUUUUUGCAGAUUUUGGAAUACCUGCAGCUACAGAAUGAGAAAGCUAAAUACAAAAUUCAUUUGUGUUUCAUACACACCUUACACUGCCUGAAAGUAACUUUAUAAAACACUUUUAAUAAUUUCAUGUAUAAAACAAACUGUGAACGGUGCCUGGGGCUGCAGCCCGCCACACGAGGUCAGCUGUGGAAUUUUCCACUUGAGUCGCGAGGCUCCAACAGUGCCGGACUGUGGGGCACUCUGGACUUCAGAUUUCCAGAUGCUCAACCAGUACUCAGAUUCCUAAGUUACUUGUCAGAAAUGCCUGCUAUUUCUUGGGAUUACAUUUAUCUCUGCAAAUGUCUGUGAAAUUCCUAAGUUAAAUUCUUUAUGUAUCAAGCACGUGCUACUAAGUCAAUUACGAAAUUUAGUGUUUAACGCAGGUCAGUUGCAAAAACAAGAAUAUUGCUUGCUUCAACCCAGGAUGACAGGUUAUUACCUAAAGGAUACACAAUAGCUAGAAUGAUGCCUUCAAACUUAAAGAAAGGUUUGUAUCUGUGGGUGAAGAAAAGCAGUUAAACUUCUAUAAAAAUAAGUCUAGUGGAACUGAGCUGAUUGCCAAAGUGUGGGAGAAAAAAGGCCAGCAAAAAAAUGGUUAACGCUAGCUUUCGGAGGAGGCCGCCCAGAGCCCAGCCAGAGAGGAGCAGGCGGAGGGGGCCUAUAAAGCCCUGUGCCAAGGGGCAGACUCACUGGCUCACACGGAGGACGCACCCGCACCCGCCCCCGCCGGCAGGCUCAGACGGAGGACGCACCCGCCGGCCAGCCGGGAACCUUCCCUCGCGGGCUCCCAGGGCGGGUCUCUUCCUCUCUCCAGCCCUGCUCAGGCAUUCAGCAGGUCCAACAGAGGCACACCUCCUGCAGCUGGGUUCCAAGUGCACCUCCAGCCUGAUGGGCCUGACCGAGGAGGCUUCCAGGAGCACGGAAGGGGCUGCAACCCAGGUACCCAGAGAGUGAGCGUCUCCACGCAGGACAGUGCACGGCAGCUGACACCUGCAGGGACGCCCGCCGGACGAGCACGCGGAGGGCCCUGGCCUCCACAGACGUGCCAUGCCAGUGUGCGGAGCAUCUGUUCUUCCCAUUCUCUGCCAUUUACAAACCCAACCCAAACCACCACAGGUGCUCCUCGGGAGCUUCCUGUCUGACAAAUGCCGGGCUCACUUCAAGGAGAAUCACGCUUCUUUCUAAAGAUGAAUUCACUGUUUAAAACAGAGCUCUGGGAGCCUUUUGGCAAAUCUUGAAAGCUGCACGGUGCAGAGACAUGGAUGUGACUUCCCAAGCCCGGGGCGUGGGCCUGGAGAUGUACCCGGGCACCAUGCAGCCUGCAGCCCCCAACACCACCUCCCCCGAGCUCAACCUGUCCCACCCGCUCCUGGGCGCUGCCCUGGCGAACGGGACGGGCGAGCUCUCAGAGCACCAGCAGUACGUGAUCGGCCUGUUCCUCUCGUGCCUCUACACCAUCUUCCUCUUCCCCAUCGGCUUUGUGGGCAACAUCCUGAUCCUGGUGGUGAAUAUCAGCUUCCGGGAGAAGAUGACCAUCCCCGACCUGUACUUCAUCAACCUGGCGGUGGCGGACCUCAUCCUGGUGGCCGACUCCCUCAUUGAGGUGUUCAACCUGCACGAGCAGUACUACGACAUCGCCGUGCUGUGCACCUUCAUGUCGCUGUUCCUGCAGGUCAACAUGUACAGCAGCGUCUUCUUCCUCACCUGGAUGAGCUUCGACCGCUACAUCGCCCUGGCCAGGGCCAUGCGCUGCAGCCUGUUCCGCACCAAGCACCACGCACGGCUGAGCUGCGGCCUCAUCUGGAUGGCAUCUGUGUCAGCCACGCUGGUGCCCUUCACUGCCGUGCACCUGCAGCACACGGACGAGGCCUGCUUCUGCUUCGCAGACGUUCAGGAGGUGCAGUGGCUCGAGGUCACGCUGGGCUUCAUCGUGCCCUUUGCCAUCAUCGGCCUGUGCUACUCCCUCAUCGUCCGGGUGCUGGUCAGGGCACACCGGCACCGCGGGCUGCGGCCCCGGCGACAGAAGGCACUCCGCAUGAUCCUCGCAGUGGUGCUGGUCUUCUUCGUCUGCUGGCUGCCGGAGAACGUCUUCAUCAGCGUGCACCUCCUGCAGCGGACGCAGCCCGGGGCCGCUCCCUGCAAGCAGUCUUUCCGCCACGCCCACCCCCUCACCGGCCAUAUUGUCAACCUCGCGGCAUUCUCCAACAGCUGCCUCAACCCCCUCAUCUACAGCUUUCUUGGGGAGACCUUCAGGGAAAAGCUGAGGCUGUACAUUGAGCAGAAAACAAACCUGCCGGCCCUGAACCGCUUCUGCCACGCCACCCUGAAGGCCGUCAUUCCAGACAGCACCGAGCAGUCAGACGUGAGGUUCAGCAGUGCCGUGUAGACAGCCUCGGCCGCAGAGGCCCAGCCGGCGUGUGACUCGGGAGCUGCACGCACCUGGGUGGACACAAGGCACGGCCAUGUCAUGUCUCUAAACCGCUGUCAGACGUGGCUCCGGCUCCUCGGGGCCUCGCGAGAGUCACACUUGCCUGGUCACCCUGGGGCUGCUAAGGAAACCUCACGACGGGUCCUCCUUGACCCUGCACUCCUCACUCCUCACACAGAAUUGCUACAAUCCCAAAACACUCACCCCGCAGGGUCCAAAGGUCAGCGCUGACCAGCCUAUUGCCCAGGUCCUCCCCAUACACCCUGCCUGCCGCCACAGGAAAUGUUUCCGACACUCUCAACCACAAAAGGCACACGGAGAGGCCACUGUGGGUGAAGCAACUCAGUUACACGUAACCCUAAAGCAAGUCUGCCACCAUGGGGGAACUAACGCUGGAGACACAAGGCGCUAGUGGGUCUGAGCUGGAUGCUGCGGUGUGUCCUCUGCACCCACUGUCUGGAACACACAAGGUGUGAGCUAGCUGGCGCACCGCCGAGUUAAAGAGGAAAAGGAAAACACAGUGCUCUGGUGCAUGCCUGAGCAUCCUCCAUCUUCCAGCAUGGCAGCAAUGGCGCUGUGCGGCCUCGCCAGGACUGCGAGGUCCUCGGCCCAGAGCAGCAGGAAGGCCCCUCUGUGGAGUGCCCGGCCCGUGGCAGCAGGAAGGGCCCUCUGCUGAGCGUCUGCCGCCUGCUCUGAGGCGGUUCAGUCACUGCUAGUUGACAUCGUCAUGGCAAUUGCACUCAUGUGGACUGGGACCGUGCGAGCUGCCAUGUGGGCUAGUUGGGUGCCAGGACAAUGAAAUACUCCAGCACGUGUGGCUGACGAAUUUGCUUCUACAGAAAUAACAGCUGGGGACAACUGCGGUGAUGAUAUAAAAACCUUCCCAUAAAAUGUAAGAAAAGCUGACGACGCUGGUGAUGUUCAGCCUUUGUCAAUAAAACAGUCAUGUGCGGAUCCUU